CUUUCUGGUAAGAAAUCUCUUCUUUUUAUGUCAUUAUUAUACUUUUCGUACAUUCAAUCUCUAAUCUUUAAUCUUGCAAACCAAGAUGAAUUGAGCCUGGGAUUCGCUUUUGAUUCCUAGGGUUUCAAUUUUUUGUAGGAUUGGAUUUUUUUUUCUUUUAUUCUUUGUAUAGUACUGUUUAUAUUGUAAAAAAAAAAGAUGUGGGGGAAAUUACUGUGGAUCUGUACAGAUAGUUUAAGACUUUUUAGCAUUCAAUUUUAGAGUGUUGGAAAAUCUUUGUUCUUCAAAUUUUCACAGUCAACCAUGUCUUCGGCUGGUCUUGCUGUUGUCCCGGUUCGAAAUGAACCUUUGAUCCCUCCUGAUCACAUGAAUCCUGAAUUGGGUCUUUGUGAAAACGAAUCAAUUUGGAUUUAUCUGGCCCUUUCCGAAUCAAUGAUUCCAAUGCGGGUUCUGGAAUCGGAUUCUAUUGAAUCCUUGAAGCUACGCAUUCAAACCUUUAAAGGUUUUGUUGUGAAGAAUCAGAAGUUGGUUUGUGGAGGCCGGGAGCUGGCGCGGAGCAAUUCACUUGUUCGUGACUAUGGAGUGAACGAUGGAAAUGUUCUACACUUAGUUCUUAGGCUUUCUGAUCUCCAGGUCAUUCAUGUUAAGACUACAGCUGGGAAAGAAUUUACCUUUCAUGUUGAACGAGGGCGUGAUGUUGGUUAUGUGAAGGAGCAGAUUGCUAAGAGGGAGAAAGGUUUUUCUGAUUUUGAUGACCACGAAGUUGUUUGUGAUGGGGAGCGAUUAGAGGAUCAGAGGCUUAUUGAUGAUCUAUGUACGCACAACAGUGCUGUAUUGCAUUUAUUGGUUCGGAAAUCUGCCAAAGUUAGGGUUAAGCCUGUUGCUAAGAAUUUCGAGUUGUCUAUUGUGGCACCAGAAUUGAAACGCAAGCUAGAAUAUGAUCUUGGUGAUGAAGAGAAUUCUUGUAGAAGAUAUGAAGUUGACAGGGAGGUUGAACCAAGAAAGCCUCCUGAUAGGGAUUUUGUAUUAAAGCCUGUUAUUGUUAAUCCCAAGUUUGAAUUACCUUCGGUCAUUGUUGAUAUGAUUAACUCCACAUUUGAUGGAUUGUACAAUGGAAAUUUUCCAAUCAGGUCUGUAGAGGGUACUGGAGGAGUCUAUUUCAUGCAAGAUUCAUUAGGCCAAAAGUUUGUUUCUGUUUUUAAGCCGAUUGACGAGGAGCCUUUAGCUGUUAAUAAUCCUCGAAAAUUACCAGUGUCACCAGAUGGUGAAGGGCUGAAAAAGGGUACACGAGUUGGAGAAGGAGCAUUCAGGGAAGUAGCUGCUUAUAUCUUGGAUCAUCCUAAAGGAUGUGAGGAGAAGGGUUUUGCUGGGGUUCUUCCUACUGCUCUGGUCAAGUGUUUGCAUACUGGCUUCAACAAUCCAGAUGAUUUAGCAAUUGUCAAGAUUGGGUCAUUGCAGAUGUUUGUGGAAAACAAUGGAAGUUGUGAGGAUAUGGGUCCUGGGUCUUUUCCGGUUGAGCAAGUACAUAAAAUCUCUGUGUUGGAUAUAAGAUUGGCUAAUGCUGAUAGGCACGCUGGAAAUAUUUUAUUGAGCAAAGAUGAAGAUGGACAAACAGUGCUGGUUCCAAUUGACCAUGGCUAUUGCUUACCUGAAAGCUUUGAAGAUUGCACAUUUGACUGGCUGUAUUGGCCUCAAGCUCGUCAAUCCUACUCACCUGAGACACUUGAAUAUAUAAAAUCAUUGGAUGCUGAAGAAGAUAUUUCCCUUUUGAAAUUCCUUGGAUGGGAUAUGCCACCAGAGUGCGCACGCACUCUCCGCAUCUCCACCAUGCUCCUCAAAAAGGGUGCAGAGAGAGGGUUCACUCCCCAUGCGAUUGGAAGUAUAAUGUGCAGGGAGAAUUUGAAGGAGGAAUCUCCAAUUGAGCAAAUGGUCCAAGAGGCACAGGAUUCCGUGCUUCCUGGCACAAGUGAAGCUGCAUUUCUGGAGACACUCUCUCAGAUCAUGGAUCGACAUCUUGAUGAGAUUACUGGGCUAUGAAAAUGCUAACCCAAAACACUUUUAAUAGUGAUGAACAUCUUUAGAGAAUGCUGGUUUUUAUAGUUGCUAGUUAAGUAGUUGCACAUACCUUCUAUUCAGCAGAAUGCACAAUGGUCUAUUCUUUCUUCUCCUCCCUUUGAUGCGAUUCUCUAUUCUUUAUGGCACUUUACAGAAUGCCACUUAGUUAGAGGUUCACAAUCAUUUCAAUUGUUUAUCAAGAUGUUUUUUUGUUGGUUUUUUGAAAUUUGAAGUAAAGACACGAGUUUCUUCUCA